GCCGUAUAGCGAGUAAAACGCCAACAUCAAGUUUUAAGACUGUCAUAGACGCAGUCAGUGCAACAGAAAAAAAGAAACCUUGCCGAAAUGAAAGCAGUGAUUAAUAUAUCGUGUUUUAUCGCUUUGUGUCAAUCAUAAAUCAUGCGCCGCCCACCUGAAAAUGAAACUAAAAGUAAAAGUAAACCGAGCAGUUAGCUAGCUAACAGGAGGCAGAGAGGGGAAAUAGACGGAUCUGAUGCAGCCUCCUGCUGUUCGACCGUCCACCAAAGGAAAAUGAGAGGAGUAGCAGCAUGUGGAUUUUUCAUUAUUCUUUUUGACGCUGUGCUGAGUGUGGCGCGAUGGGCUGGACUGGUUCUGCUCAAGUUCCCUAGUUGUGGUGGACUGGCAGGAUUGUGGGCUUUUGGGGCAUUAAAAUUGGCCAUUCUCCAUGUUUUCACUUCCACACUGACUGAAGGAAAGCCCCAGCCUGUGCUCCACAGGUUCGUAGCACUCCUCUGCCUUCUUUCCCCUGUGUUUGAAAGUGGACAGAUCCUCAUGGCAAGUCCCUCAGAGCCUUAUGUGGGACCAUCUACGGACCUCAGCAUGCUGCUCCUGGGCCCGGUGUCCUCGUCACUGGCCUGUGUGGUUUGGGAAAAGGGUCUCUGCGGUGACGGAAAGAUAAGAAAAGAUGCCAACAAACCGGAUGCCAGACAGCUGCUUAUAAGGAUGUUGAAAUACUUCAAACCAGACACCUUUUACCUGAUUGCAGCUUUUAGUUUCCUCAUCUUAGGAGUUAUCUGUGACACAUUCAUCCCACUUUAUCAGGGGAAGGUGAUCGACAUGUUGAGAGGUGAAGCGCUCCAAACUAACUUCUGUUAUGCAGUUGGACAGUUGGCACUUAUCUCUCUUGGAAGUGCUCUAUUCUCUGGCAUGAGAGGAGGCAUUUUUAUGUGCACCCUGGCCAGACUGAACAAGAGACUGAAGCAUCUGCUGUUUCACACCCUCCUGCAGCAGGAAGUGCACUUCUUUGAUGAGAACAAACCUGGACCUCUUUCUUCCCGCCUGCACUCUGACGUGGACAGGAUGGGCCGUACAGUAGCUCUGAACGCCAACGCGUUGGUUCGCAGCACAGUCAAAACCUGCCUCAUGCUCUCAGUGAUGUUAGGCCUUUCCUGGGAGCUCACUGUGCUCACCUGUAUAGAGAUGCCACUCUUGGCCAUAGUGCAGAACAAAUACAUCACUUGGUACAAGGAGUUGAAAGAUCAGAUGCAGGACUGUCAUGCUCAGAACAAAGACCUGGCUUUCCAGACGAUUGGCGGGAUUCGUACAGUCCGCAGCUGUAAAGCAGAGAACGAUGAGCUGAGGAGGUAUAACCAGGCUCUGGACCAGAUGUGUGCUGUCAAGACACGUUCAGGAAUCUACAGUUCGGUCUUUCUCUUAAUACGCAGGCUGGUGACUCUGGGGAUAAAGAUACUCAUGCUGUUACAAGCCCGCAAUCUCCUCCUGUCUGGUCGGCUCACCAUCGGUAGUCUUGUGUCAUUUUUCUUGUACCAGAAGCCCAUGUCAAACAAUUUAAAGGAGAUUUUGUACUGCUAUGGAGAAACAAUGUCCACAAUUGGAGUCAUUUCCAAAGUGUUCAGUUAUCUUGACAGGACACCAAAGUGUAAGAAGGCGGGAGAUUUGGUUCCUGAGAAGCUGCAGGGAAGAAUUAUUUUCCAAAAUGUCACCUUCGCGUACCCCUCAGCUCAGGAUAAAACAGUACUGAAGUCACUUUCAAUGGAGCUGAAGCCAGGGAAGAUGACAGCCCUGAUUGGUCCCAAUGGCUGUGGAAAAACUUCCUGUGUCAACCUCCUGAAGAGACUGUAUGAACCUCAAGAGGGACAGAUCCUGCUGGAUGGAGAACCGUUGCACCAUUACAAACAUGAAUACCUCCAUCAAAAGGUGGCCCUGGUAUCCCAGAAUCCUGUUUUAUUUUCUGGCUCACUGAGAUACAACAUUGAAUAUGGCCUGAAGGACUGCAGCCUCGAGCAGGUGAAAGAAGCUGCAAAGAAGGCCAACGCAGACGACUUCAUAUCUGAACUGGAAAAUGAAUAUGACACAGAUAUAAGAGAAUGUGGCAGCAAUCUUUCAGCUGGACAGACACAGUGCAUCGCCAUCAUCAGAGCUCUGGUUCGACAUCCACAGGUCAUCAUACUGGACGAGGCCACCAGCAAACUGGAUGUUGAAGCACAGCACGCUGUCCUGCAGGAGAUCCUGUCCUGCGGUCGGACAGUCCUGGUGGUGGCUCAUCAACUGAAGACUGUGGAGAAGGCAGAUCACAUCAUCUUCUUAGAGAAGGGAGCGGUCGCAGAAGAGGGGACGCACCAAGAGCUCAUGGCCAAAAAAGGACGAUACUAUUGCUGGAAAGAAGAGCUGUUCUCUCAACACAGCUGAGAGAAGCUCAGAACUGUGUGUGCCUCAGUUUUAGGUGCAGGGUGAUUGAAGUGUGUAAAUACACCUCUUGUCCUGGUAA